CCGGCUGCAGAGCGCGGGCAGCGUCCUGCACAGCCCCGGCGGGCCGGCAGCAGCGGCAGGGCAGGACAGGACGAGGCUCCCCGGCUGCCGGGACCCCCAGCGCUCCUCCCGGGAGCGCGGAUCCGCCCGCAGCGCAGGCAGCGCCCAGCGCAGGCAGCGCCCAGCGCAGCCCGGCCCCGUCCCUGCGCAGGCACGGGCACAGCCUGGGUGAGUAACCCGGAGCUCCUCGGGCAGGCCACGGCCGAUCCGGCCCCCGGCACAGCCCCCAGCGCAGCUCUGACAGCUCAGGGUGCUCCUGGAAGCUGCAGCGCAUCCCUGUCCUCUGGCUGAAAAGUCAUGACAGCUGAAAAGACUAUUCCUAUAAUUAACGGCAAGCCAGAAGAUGCUUUGGACCCAGAAGCCUCAAGUACCAACCUUGUCCACAGCAACGAUAAGAAAGUUCAUGAAAGAGGUCACUGGAACAAUAAGGUCGAAUUUGUGCUUUCUGUGGCAGGGGAGAUUAUUGGGCUGGGAAACGUCUGGAGGUUCCCUUACCUCUGCUACAAGAACGGAGGAGGUGCUUUCCUCAUCCCCUACGUGGUCUUUUUCAUUUGCUGUGGAAUACCAGUGUUUUUCUUGGAGACAGCCUUGGGACAGUUUACAAGUGAAGGAGGCAUCACAUGCUGGAGGAAAGUUUGCCCUCUCUUUGAAGGCAUUGGCUAUGCUACCCAAGUUAUAGAGGCACACCUAAAUGUAUAUUACAUCAUCAUUUUAGCAUGGGCUAUCUUCUAUUUGUUCAACUGCUUUACUACAGAGCUUCCCUGGGCUUCCUGUGGCCACGAAUGGAAUACAGAAAACUGUGUGGAAUUUCAAAAACUUAACAUGAGCAACUGCAGUCAAGUCUCUUUACAGAAUGCCACUUCUCCAGUGAUGGAAUUCUGGGAACGCAGGGUGCUGGCAAUCUCCGACGGGAUCGAGCACAUUGGGAACCUGCGCUGGGAGCUCGCCCUGUGCCUCCUGGCUGCUUGGACUAUUUGUUAUUUCUGCAUCUGGAAAGGCACCAAAUCCACUGGAAAGGUUGUGUAUGUGACUGCCACCUUCCCUUACAUCAUGCUGAUGAUCCUGCUGAUCCGGGGCGUGACCCUGCCCGGCGCCUCCGAGGGCAUCAAGUUCUACCUGUACCCCGACAUCUCCCGCCUCUCUGACCCACAGGUGUGGGUGGAUGCUGGCACACAGAUUUUUUUCUCCUAUGCCAUCUGCUUGGGGUGCCUGACAGCCCUGGGGAGCUACAACAACUACAACAACAACUGCUACAGAGACUGCAUCAUGCUCUGCUGCUUGAACAGUGGCACAAGCUUUGUUGCUGGUUUUGCUAUCUUUUCAGUUCUUGGAUUUAUGGCUUAUGAGCAAGGCGUGCCCAUUGCAGAAGUUGCAGAAUCAGGACCAGGACUUGCAUUCAUUGCUUACCCUAAAGCUGUCACCAUGAUGCCUCUGUCUCCUCUGUGGGCAGCUCUGUUCUUCAUGAUGCUCAUCUUCCUGGGCUUGGACAGCCAGUUUGUGUGUGUGGAGAGCAUUGUGACAGCCGUGGUGGACAUGUACCCCAAGGUGUUCCGCAGGGGCUACCGGAGGGAGCUGCUCAUCCUCGGCCUCUCCGUCGUCUCCUACUUCCUUGGCCUCAUCAUGCUGACUGAGGGUGGGAUGUAUGUGUUUCAGCUCUUUGACUCCUAUGCAGCCAGUGGGAUGUGCCUGCUCUUUGUUGCCAUAUUUGAGUGUGUCUGCAUAGGCUGGGUGUAUGGCAGCAAUCGCUUUUAUGAGAACAUUGAAGACAUGAUUGGGUACAAACCUGUGUCCUUGAUUAAGUGGUGCUGGAUGGUCCUAACUCCAGGUAUUUGUGCAGGCAUCUUCAUCUUUUUCCUGGUGAAAUACAAGCCCCUGAAGUACAACAAUGUGUACAUCUACCCUGACUGGGGCUAUGGCAUUGGGUGGAUGAUGGCUCUGUCCUCCAUGGUCUGCAUCCCACUGUGGAUCUGCAUCAAGCUCUGGAAGACAGAAGGCACCUUCAUGGAGAAAUUCAGGAAGCUGAUUACACCUAGCUCAGACCUGAAAAUGCGGGGCAAGCUGGGAGGAGGAGCCUACAUUGCAGCAAUAAAUGACUGCGAUGCCAAACUGAAAGGAGAUGGCACCAUUUCCACCAUCACAGAAAAGGAGACACAUUUCUGAAAGAACUUUUUUUGGUUUUUUUUGUUUUUUUGUUUUUUUUUUUGGGUUGUUUUAUUUUUUUUGUAUAAAGAAAUAAAUAAAUUCACUUAAUUAUAGAGGCUGGCUUGUUUUGCACAGAAUUUUAUUAACCAGUUAAUUUUAAAGUGAAAAUUGUAUACUUGUUUAAAAAAGUGAUUUUUUUAAAUUACUCUAUCCGUAAUGAUUCUGUAAAAGAAAAAGAAAUAGUAUUAUAUGGUCUGUUAGUGAUGACUUCUUGUAAUAUGGUGAUUCCAGUCAAUGUUUUUUUGUUUUUUUUUUAGACUUUAGAGGGAACUGUAUAAUGUGCUGUAAAACUUUUCUACUUUGAUUUGUGGCAGGUGUAAUGUUGUAUAGACCUUCUAACCUGUGAGCAUUUCAGACCAUUGCAGCUGUCCAUGUGUGUAUAUAAAGGGGACCAGCCUGUCCUGUGUUUGCUUGGGAAGAAAUCUCCUUUCAGGGCGAGUUUGGUGAUGCCAGCUGCUCCCACCUCCUUCCCUUCACCCUCCACUGGCUUCAACAGGGCUGGAAAUGUGGAAUGGGCCCAUCCUGAGCCACUUUCCCUGGAGAUUGGAUAGAGGCUGCUUCUGAAGGGCUCUGAAUUUUGCUGCUGUAAGUUCCUGGUCUCUGAGAGGAUGUGCUCCUCAGGAGACUUUCCAAACCUUCCCAUUUCCCUCUGUGGCUGGCACUUCCCACUGCCUGGAGAGACCUGUGCUUGUCUGUGCUCCCCCAGCAGGAGAUGAAGGUUGUUUGGGGUGUCCUGUGCAGGAACAGGAGCUGGACUUGGGCUGUCCUUGCAGCUCAGGGUGUUCUGCUUCCUCUCCAAGGUCCUUUCCAGCCCCCCAGCUCAGGAGAUUCCCUGCCCAGGGUGGGAUGGAGGCUUGGGCUGCAGUCAGAGCAGGUUUGGGCAGUGCCCUUUGUGUGUGCAGGGCUCCCAGGAGUGAGCAGAAGGGAUUUCCCACAGGGAUGUUGAGGGAUUUGGCCUCAUCUGGGCUGACUCCCUGGGUUUAAAGCUGGUUUUGGACGUGGAUCCAGCUGCUGGAUGGUUGUGCAAACCCCCUAAACUCUGUCUCAGGAUGUGGGUUUUUUACCUGAUGAUACUCCAAACAGUGUUGUUUGUACUGGACAAUUUUUUCUUGGACUUUGUUGUUAUUUGAUGGUUGUGUGAGAAGCCUGUGGAGGAACAGCAUCCUGCUCUGCACAGGAUCUGGGGGGAGAGACAAGAAGAAAUGUCACAAAACCUGCUGCCUUCUCUGCAUCUCCAACCCACUGGAGCUCAGACACAGCACCUGGAGUUGUCACCAACAGAAAUGGCUCCUGACCUUCUCCCAAGGAAAUAUUUCCCUAGGAAUCACUAAAUACAUCUUACUGUUGACAACUGUACCUGCAGUCAGCACUUCUCUGAGCUCUUGCUGUUACUUCUUUAAAAAAAAAGCAUUUUUAUGAUACUGCUUUGUCUCAAGUCACUUCAUUAAAUCUAAUAGAGCCAUUUCAUUUUUUACUUUAUCUUAUUUGUAGGGGUUGAUUUUGUGUGUGGCAAGGUGGAGGCUUAGCAGAGGACUUCAAAUCCUCCAAGUCCUGUCUGCAUGUCUCCAUUGUGAGCUGCUUGGGGCAGGACAUUUGGAAAAAAAACCUGGAUUUAGGAAGGCACAGAACCAUAAUUUUUACCACCCUCAAAACUCAGUCCCAUGGGAAAAUAAUACUGAAACCCCAGAACUGAAAAUACAGAUUGAUUUUUACCCAGUGAAGAAACUGAAUUGACAUUGCCACUCCAAAUUCUAGCAAUUCACAUUUUUGGAAGCCCUAACAAGCCAGAAAUGUUUGUGACCCUGUGUCCCUCCCUGGGCUUUCCCUCCACCCACCCAGGCAGCAGAGCCAGGGCCCCAAAGCCACCUGUGGGGAGGUUAUGGUCCCUGCCAGGGGGAAUGGGAAGGUAUUUUCUGAUCAGGGAGGGACAUGCACCUUUAGGUUGUGCUUGGCCCUAAUUUCAGGACUCCUGGGAUCCUUUAAGUUGUGUUUAGCCCUGAUUUCAGGAUUCCUGAGAUCCUUUAGGUUGUGCUUGGCCCUAAUUUCAGGAUUCCUGAGGUUCUUUAGGUUGUGCUUAGCCCUAAUUUCAGAAUUCCUGAGAUCCUUUAGGUUGUGCUUGGCCCUAAUUUCAGGAUUCCUGAGGUUCUUUAGGUUGUGCUUAGCCCUAAUUUCAGAAUUCCUGAGAUCCUUUAGGUUGUGCUUGGCCCUAAUUUCAGCACUCUGAGAUCCUUUAGGUUGUGCUUAGCCCUGAUUUCAGGACUCUGAGAUCCUUUAAGUUGUUCUUAGCCCUGAUUUCAGGACUCCUGAGGUCCUUUAGGUUGUACUUAGCUCUAAUUUCAGGACUCUGAGAACCUUUAGGUUGUGCUUGGCCUUAAUUUCAGCACUCUGAGAUCCUUUAGGUUGUGCUUAGCCCUAAUUUCAGGAUUCCUGAGAUCCUUUAGGUUGUGCUUGGCCCUAAUUUCAGGACUCUGAGAACCUUUAGGUUGUGCUUAGCCCUAAUUUCAGAAUUCCUGAGAACCUUUAGGUUGUGCUUGGCCCUAAUUUCAGCAAUCUGAGAACCUUUAGGUUGUGCUUGGCCCUAAUUUCAGGACUCUGAGAUCCUUUAAGUUGUUCUUAGCCCUGAUUUCAGGACUCCUGAGGUCCUUUAGGUUGUACUUAGCUCUAAUUUCAGGACUCUGAGAACCUUUAGGUUGUGCUUGGUCUUAAUUUCAGCACUCUGAGAUCCUUUAGGUUGUGCUUCGCCCUAAUUUCAGGAUUCCUGAGAUCCUUUAGGUUGUGCUUGGCCCUAAUUUAAGGACUCUGAGAAUCUUUAGGUUGUGCUUAGCCCUAAUUUCAGAAUUCCUGAGAACCUUUAGGUUGUGCUUGGCCCUAAUUUCAGCACUCUGAGAUCCUUUAGGUUGUGCCUGGCCCUGAUCUCAGGAUUCCUGGAAUCCUUUAGGUUGUGCCUGGCCCUGAUCUCAGGAUUCCUGGAAUCCUUUAGGCUGUGCCUGGCCCUGAUCUCAGUGCCAUUCCCUGGUCAAUCAGGGUCCUGGGGAUCCAUGAGGUGCAGCCCCUGCUCCUGGGCCCAUCCCAAGUGACACCAUGGCAGCCCUGGGGAUGCUGUGCUGUUUCUGGCACCCCAGAUGGGACAAAAAAUGCUGCCUUGGAGAGGCUCCCUGGAACAGAAUAAGGGAAUAAAGUGAGGAUUUACUGGAGGCCUUCCACAGGCACAGCUUGGGCAGUCAGAGCCUCCCAGAGCUGCACACAAGGGGCACAAUGGCCACGAGUUUUUCACACAAUUAUCAGUUUGGUCCUUUCACAUAUCAGGGGUUAAUCCUCCAGUUACAGCUGCAGCUCAUGGAGUCAUUUACCCCCAGUUUGCUGCCCCCAAAUUCACUUUUGUUUGUACUUUUUGGGGCCUGAGGCACUGAGGUGUCCCUGAAAUUCAGGUCUAGAGAGGAAUUGUUUUGUUUGAAUUAAAUGUGAAGACAGUGAUAAUGCUGUAUAUGGAAUUUAGAGUUAUGCACUAAUGCAGUACAGGAAUUGAAAAAUACAGAAUCCCAAGGCAUCAUUGGGAUGAGGAUAAACUGUAGGGGAAACAGGAGACAAGCCCUGGGCUGUGUGCUGGUCCAAGCCCCUCCAGGAAGGCUGUGUGUGCCUGCUGGGAGCAUUUCACUGUGCUCUGGGCAGGGCUAAAGCAUCCCUGCUGUUACUGAUGUGCUCUGCUCUGUGUGCUCCUAAAAUCUGACUGAUUUUAAAAAUACAGAUUUUUUUUUAUUUUUUCUUUUUGUGGGAAGGGGUAAAUUUCCUUAUUGUGUUAUUGGGGGAUUUUUUGAAAU